AUGUACAACGGCAUCGGGCUGCAGACCGCGCGCGGGUCCGGCACGAAUGGGUACGUGCAGACCAACAAGUUCUUCAUCCGCCCCCGGACCGACGGGGCCGCCAAGGCGCCGCUCCACAACUACGAUCACGACCCCGACCGCGACAAGCUCGGCGGGAUGCGGCCGCCCAACAAGGAGAUCCUGGAGCACGACCGGAGGCGGCAGGUGGAGCUGCGGCUGGUCGAGCUGAGGGACACCCUCGAGGAGCAGGGCUACACCGAGGGCGAGAUCGAGGAGCGCGUCGAGGAGGCGCGCAAGGAGGCCGAGCUGGAGGCCGCUGCUGCUGCCGUGGUCGCGGAGGCGGGUGGUCGCGCAGGCGGCGGGGGCCCAGCAGCGCGUCCGGGCGAAGGGUUCACGGGCACACAGAGCCACCAUGUCGCAGCACGGAAGGAGAAGCAGCUUGAGACGCUGAGGGCUGCUCUUGGGCUAGAAGCUGAGGUUGGAGAGAAAAACGCUGAAGUAGACAGUGAUCCAGAGUCUGGGGAGCUUGUACCUGGGAAGGAGUCUGAAGAGAUAGAUGUUGAUGUUCAGAACGAUAGGAAAGCUUCAAAGGAUGGUAAGAAGCAUGCAAAGAAGGGAAAGAAGGAAAAAGGGAGUGAUAGGAAGAGUCACAGCAGAAGUUCUAGGAAGAGUAAGCACGGGUAUGAUUCAGAAGAUGAUUCUGAGUCUGACCAUGAUGAGAUAAAGGGAAAGAAAUACAUAAAAAAAUCCUUCUUAGAUAGAGAUGUUGAUUCUAAGAUUGUUCAUAAGAAGGCAAAACAGGGCAAAGGCACACACCAUGAUUCUGAGGCUGAUUCAGACAGUGAUCAUGGCAAGAAGGCAAAACACACAAAAAGCAAUCGUGAUGAGGGAAAGAAGGGGCCUGUGAAGAGCUCUCGUCAUGACUCUAAAGAUGAGAAGCCCAGAAGAAGCAAGUACAAGGAUGAUUCUUACAGUGACUCGGAGAGUGAUGUCUCGUACAGUGAUUCAGAGAGCGACCAUGAUCGAAAAAAGAAAAAAUCCUCUCACCACGGUUCUAAAGAUGAUAAACAGGCACCAAAAAGCAAAGAGAAGGAAGCCAGUUUGGUUAAGAAUGUUGAUAAGCGCAAGAGACAUGAUUCUGAUUCGGAUGGUUCUGCUCAUGAUAGGAAAAUACACCUUGAUGCAGCUGUUGCUAGGAAGGAUCAUUCCCGUGAUAAACCGAAGAUUGACCCAAGGAGUGGUGAAUAUAAAAACAAAAGGCCUGUGAAGACUUCUCGCCAUGACUCUGAAGAUGAGAAGCCACACGGCAAGGUCCCUCGGAAGGAAAAGUAUGCCGAAUCAGAGACUGACUCAGAGAGGUAUACCAGUGAAAAGAAGAAGCCUGCAAAAUCAUCUGUCCAUGUUUCUAAAGUUGAUAAGGAAGCACCAAAACAUAAAGAGAAGGAAGGGAAGACUAGUAGUAAAAAUGUUGAUAAGCGCACGAGGCAUGAUUCUGAUUCUGAUUCUGAUUCGGAUGGAUGGCAAAGACAUGUUGACACAAAGGUAAAAAAGAUAGUGGAAGAGAAAAAAAGGGUGAUUAGCUCAAGUGAGAGUUCAUUUUACAGCAGCAGCAGCAGUGAAUCAGAUGUGAGCGAUGAAAGCCGUGAGAACAGGAAAUCUGACAGAGGAUUGAAGAAUGGUAAUGGUCAGAACCAUGCUAAAAGGGCUUCUUACAAGAAUGAGUUAGAGGAAAGGAAAAAGGGUCAAGAUGGGAGAAGGAAGGAAGAGAGAAUGGAGCAGGAGAAACAAAAACAGAGGGAGGAAGAGAGGAAAGAGUUGGAGAAGCAAAAACGUCUGGAGGAAGAGAGGAAAGAGUUGGAGAGGCAAAAACGUCUGGAGGGAGAGAGGAAGGAGCUGGAGAAGCAAAAGCAGAGGGCGAAGGAGGAAGAGACAUUGAAAGAGAAGGAACAUGAGCGGAGGAAAGGUGAGCAUGGUGUGGAAAGGGGCAGCAAAAGAAAGGUUGGAGAAGAUAGGCACGACCCAAAUUCAAACAGACUCAGCGAUGAUGAAAAUAGGGACCGAAAGACGCGUGAAGAUUAUGGUCGACAGAAAACUACAGAUUCAGAUAGGUAUGACCCAAAUUCAAACAGAUAUAGUGAUGAUGAAAACAGGGACCGGAAGAGGCAUGAAGAGUACGGUCGACACAGAGCUAGAUAUUCAGAUAGCCAUGAUUUAAAGAGGUCUAGAUAUGAUGACUCUUAUAAUCACUCGAGGAGGGAUUACGAAGAGCGCUAUUCUAGAGAUGAGCACAGAGACAGGAGGCAUCGUUGA